GUUGCAGCCCGGAAUAAAAAGUCGCACGCAAAGAGGUGGGAGGCGGGUGGAAGGUUUGCCACGUCGGAAUUAACGAGAAGUGUUUUUGGAAGCUGAAUUUUAUCCGAAAACUAAAAGGGAAGGGUGUCAACGGGUUUAUUUCUUAACCAUUUAUAUAUUUUCUUUAAUUAACGGUCUCCAGCAGAACUAUGGUUUCAGUUAUCAACACUGUGGACACGUCCCACGAGGACAUGAUCCACGAUGCUCAGAUGGACUACUACGGCACCAGACUGGCCACCUGCUCCUCGGACAGAUCCGUAAAGAUCUUUGAUGUGAAAAACGGAGGCCAGAUCCUCGUGGCCGAUCUGAGAGGACACGAGGGCCCCGUGUGGCAGGUGGCCUGGGCACACCCCAUGUACGGCAACAUCCUGGCCUCCUGCUCCUACGACCGCAAGGUGAUCAUCUGGAAGGAGGAGAACGGCACCUGGGACAAGAUGUACGAGUACACGGGACACGACUCCUCAGUGAAUUCUGUGUGCUGGGGGCCGUAUGACUUUGGGCUGAUCUUGGCUUGUGGCAGCUCCGACGGGGCCAUUUCCCUGCUCACAUUCUCCGGGGACGGACAGUGGGGCGUCAAAAAGAUCAGCAACGCACACACUAUCGGCUGUAACGCGGUGAGCUGGGCCCCCGCCGUGGUCCCCGGGAGCCUCAUCGACCAGCCGUCGGGCCAGAAACCAAACUACAUCAAGAGAUUCGUCUCCGGAGGGUGCGACAACCUCGUCAAGCUCUGGAAGGAGGAGGACGGGCAGUGGAAGGAGGACCAGAAGCUGGAGGCUCACAGCGACUGGGUGCGAGACGUGGGCUGGGCCCCCUCCAUCGGCCUGCCCACCAGCACCAUCGCCAGCUGCUCGCAGGACGGGCGGGUCUUUAUCUGGACCUGUGACGACCCAGCAGGGAACACCUGGACGGCCAAGCUUCUGCACAAGUUCAACGACGUGGUGUGGCACGUGAGCUGGUCCAUCACCGGGAACAUCCUGGCCGUCUCCGGGGGCGACAACAAGGUGACGCUAUGGAAGGAGUCUGUGGACGGCCAGUGGGCCUGCAUCAGCGACGUCAACAAGGGCCAGGGAGCCGUGUCCGCCCUCAGCGAGAGCCAGCAGAACGAGCAGUGAGACCGGGGGCUUCCUGCGGAGUGGAGAGUCCUGCCUACAUGCCCCCCCCGUCUGUCUGUCACUCCAAGGGGGCCUGGCCAGCUGUCACUCACCCGAGAGAACCCAGUUUCCUCAAAGACAUUUCUCUCUUUUAUAACGUUAUAUUGUCCGACUCCCCCCCCGUGUGUAUCAGCAGAUUGACCUGGACCAAUUAAAGGCACCGAUUUGUCUUCAGUUUAGCCUUAAAACCCUUGCCCCCUGAAUGAAAACAUUUCAUGAAAUUGCCCGUCUGUUGAUUUGUCAGAUGAUCCAAGUGGGAAAAAGCGAAGUAGGAAUAAAUUAUCUGUAUUACAA